AUGUUACCUAAAAUUACACACGUCAUCUUUGACAUGGAUGGAUUGCUAUUAGAUUCAGAGAGAAUUUAUACUGAAGUUACGCAAGAAAUUGCUCAGAGAUACGGUAAAAAUUUUACUUGGGAUAUUAAAGUGCAAUUAAUGGGUAGAACUCAAGCAAAAUCCAAUGAGAUAGCUUUGAAAUUAAUGGAUCUGCCAAUGACACCAGAAGAAUAUGCAACAGAAACUAGAAGACUUCAGCAAGAAAAGUUUAAACAUGUCGCUUUAAUGCCUGGAGCGGAGCGCCUUGUUCGUCAUUUACAUCGUCAUGGAAUACCUAUAUGCGUUGCCUCUGGUUCGGCCAAAUAUAAUUAUGAUAUUAAAGUUACUAAUUAUCAAGACCUAUUUGGGUUAUUUCAUCACGUAGUUCUGGGUUCUGAUCCUGAAGUAAAGCGUUGCAAACCAGACCCUGAUGCAUUUCUUGUGGCAGCUUCUCGAUUUGAUAAUCCUCCGGCUGAUCCAGAAAAUGUACUAGUAUUUGAAGAUGCCGUACAUGGGGUUGCUGCUAGUUGUGCUGCCAAAAUGCCCGUAGUGAUGGUACCUGAUCCGAGAAUGGACCCCGAACAUUUCAAGAAAGCAACCCUCGUUCUGAAAUCACUAGAAGAAUUUAAACCAGAAGAAUUUGGAUUACCUCCGUUUGAUGAAUAG